UUUGACGUUAUCUAAUGUUUUCAAAAUGGCAGUCUCAGCGACGUUCGCAGAGGAUGAGCUAGGAAGAAAAUGGGACAGAUGCUUAACAGACGUGGUCUUGAAAACGGGAGGAGGCUUACUUGUUGGUACUGUUCUAACAGUGUUAUUCUUUAAAAGAAGAAGUUGGCCUGUAGUUCUUGGAGCAGGUUUUGGAAUAGGAAGUGCAUAUACAAACUGUGAACGUGAUUUGAAUAGUAUCAUACAAGAUGGUACAUCGAAACCCAGCAAGGCAAAGAAAUGAUUAUGGAUGUCAUCAUGACCAGUAUCAUCUAAGAAGUGUCCGCAGUUUUGUUCGGUGGCGUUAUUGGUGAAAUCUAGCACUGUGUAGUGCAUCAGCUCUGUUAAGUAGAUACAGAAUUAGAAAUGAAACUAUAAUUUAGGUAUUUAAUUUUUGCUAAUUCUUACGAGUGUCAUAAUAAAUUUACUGUUACUACAUUUUUAAAAUCACAAACUGUAAAAGGAACCUCAGAUUUUGUGCUGUUGUAAAUAUGAAAUAUAAACCUAAGAAACUGUUUCUUGAUACA